CUCUUCCAGUCCAACGCCUCGCUGCAGAUCGGCGUCGAGCGCGCAGCCAAGGCGGCACGCACCGCAAAGGGCGCCGAAUACGGCUCGCCCGUGUGGCUCGGGCGCCGGCAGGAGGACACGGCGCGCCUGGCCGAGGGCGGCGCCGGCGCCGAUGGCGGCGCCGACAAAGUGCUCUCCAUGCUCGUCAGGCACGGCGAGGCGUGGGCGGCGACGAGCGGCGGUGCAGUGCGGCGCAUCAACCUCGAGACGGGCGAGACGAUCGAGCUGCUGCGCGGCCACACGGCGCCCAUCUCGUCGCUGUGCCUGUACGAGGUGUCGCCGUCGCGCCUGCUCGUCGUCACGGGCUCGUGGGACAAGUCGAUCUGCUUCUGGGCCGUGCGCGAUGGCCGCUCGCCCGCUGCUGCUCGGCCGCGGCCCGUGAUGGUGCUGCGCGAUGCGGCCGGCGACUUCAUCAAGGCGGUGCACGGCGUGCCGUCCAGCAACGUGCUCCUCAGCGGCGGCAGCGAUCGUAUUGUGCGCGCUUGGGACAUGCUCGCGCUCGCCCAGUGGGCCUCGGCCAUGUCCGACGACGAGUGGAACGGGAACGCCCUCGACACGCCUCGCGCCGACGUUCCCAAGCCGCAGCUGCUCGCCGUGCUGCGAGAGCACACGCGGCCCAUCACCUGUCUGGCCACGCUGCCCGGCGAGCCUGGUCAGGCAGAAGCCGUGCGCACGCUCUUCAGCUCCGACAGCAUGGGCCGCACGCUCGAGCUCAGCCUCGAGGUCAGCCGACCAAGCGAAGGCAAGGCGACGGCCGCGUUCCGCGUCGAGCGCGAGCUGCGCGGCAGCGAGACGGGCGUGUACGACGUGCGGCCCGGCUGGCGCGCCGAGGAGCAGCAGGAUGGCAGCACGAGAUGGGCGGCCGAGGUGUGGACA